AUGUCGAUUGCGAUUCUGUUGGUGGGUUUUGUCGUGUUCGCGUACACUGGAUUCAUUGGAUUCUAUCCGUUGGCCAUGCUUGGAGGAGCAUCCUGGUGUAUUGGUAAUUAUCAUGGUACUAAAUAUCCGGUUUACAACGUUGUCAGAUAUUCAGGAAACGCUACCGCCAUUCCUAUCAUUCAACGUCUCGGCCUCGCUGUUUCCAUUCUCAUCUGGAACACUUCUAACUGUUUGACAGGAUGGGCUGGUGGCCGAUUUGGAUUGUUUGGAAUGAAACCUCAAGUACCAGCAUCUCCGUAUCUCAACUACCUCGGACUUAUCUUCGUUAUUAUCGGUGGAUCGAUCUUCGCUCAAGUGAAAUCUGAACCCGUUUCUUCUGCUUCUUCAAAAAAGUCAAAUCGUGCUUCGUUUGACAUGGAAAACUUGAAUUCCGAAGAGAAGAAAGCGCUGAAUACGACAGAGUCUUCCGAUGACGGUGGUCUUGACACCGAAAUUAUAAAGCCGAAGAAAGAUUUGAACUCUGGAUCACAACGAUUGAUGGCUUUCAUCACCGCAUUGAUUGCUGGUGUCUUCUACGGAAUGACAUUUGUUCCAGUGAUUCGUAUGAUCGACAACGAGGAUCUCUACGUUGGAUAUCCAAAAGAUGGACUGUCGUACGUCUUUUCACAUUACUUUGGAAUCUUCAUCACGUCUACAAUUAUUUUCGUAAUUUAUUCAAUUUUCAGAAGAAACCAACCAUACGCUCCUCCAAAUCUCUUCCUUCCCGGAAUGGCAGCUGGAUGCUUCUGGGCGAUCGCUCAAACUUCUUUCUUCGUCGCUAACCAACACCUCUCAUCAGCUGUUACAUUCCCAAUCAUCUCACAAAUGCCUGGAUGUGUUGCUGCCGCUUGGAGCAUCUUCUAUUACAGAGAAAUCCACGGAAAGCGUAAUUUCCUGUUGCUCGGAGCAGCCAUGUCGAUUACGAUCACCGGAGCUGUCCUAGUCGGAAUAUCCAAAGAGUUCAAAUUCUAG